GUCAUCCUCACCGUUAUCCUCUUCCUCUUGGCGAAGUUUCUUAGAAACAAAGCUACAUGCAACCAGCAUCCACUCCCACCUGGUCCAACCCCUUUACCGUUCAUCGGAUGCACCAUCCAAAUGCUCUUAAAUCGGCCAACAUUCCGUUGGAUCCAUAAACUCAUGGCCCAAUAUCAGAGCCCAAUCCUUUGCAUCCGGCUAGGACCAUCUACGCAUGUCAUUCCAGUCUCCUGUCCAAACCUAGCAUGUGAGUUCUUAAGAAAGCAAGAUGAAGUAUUUUCUUCAAGGCCUGACAUAUUAUCAGCUGAUCUGAUAAGUGAUGGCUAUCGCACAGCCAUUCUCUCCCCAUCUGGGGGACAAUGGAGAAAGAUGAGAAAAAUGGUGAUCCAGGUCAUCCUGUCAGCAUCGAUACACAAAUGGCUCCAACCGAAACGAGACGAAGAAGCCAAUCACUUGCUUAGGUACAUUUGCAAUCAAAUAGAAAAACAAGAUACCGCAACUAAAGGAGGGUUAGUAAAUAUUCGAGUCGUCAGCCAACACUUUUGUGGAAACUUGAUGAGGAAUAUGAUAUUUGGGAGAAGGUUCUUUGGGGACGGAAUGGAAGAUGGGGGGCCAGGUGUAGAAGAAACUGAGCAUGUGGCGUCAGUUUUCACCAUGCUCAAGUAUCUUUACGCAUUUUGCAUCACUGACUAUUUCCCAUGGUUGAGAGGGAAGACAGAUUUUGAUGGCCAUGAAAAGAUCGUGAGGACUGCCAUCCAAGGAGUUCGUAAAUAUCAAGAUCCAUUGAUUGAUGAACGAAUUCAGAUGUGGAACAAAGGAGUGCGAAAGGUAAAAAAUGAUUUGCUUGACGUUCUUAUCAACCAUGAAAGCCCUAAGCCUACGGCUGAGGAGAUUAAAGCCCAGAUUAUAGAACUAAUGAUAGCCACGGUUGAUAAUCCCUCCAAUGCAAUAGAAUGGGCGAUGGCAGAAAUGCUCAACCAACCAACUAUCCUAAAGAGGGCGGUUGAGGAACUGGACCAUGAGGUAGGUCGUGAACGUCUGGUCGAAGAGCGAGAUCUACACAAACUCAAUUACAUAAAAGCAUGCAUCAAGGAGGCCUUCCGGCUGCACCCUUUGGACCCUUUCAAUCCACCACAUGUUUCAAUGAUGAAUACAACUGUUGCCGGUUACUUCAUACCUAAGGGUAGUCAUGUGUUGCUAAGUCGUCCUGGGUUGGGAAGAAAUCCAAAUAUAUGGAAAGAUGCAAUGCAGUUUAACCCAGAUCGACAUCUUGAUGCAGAAGGAAAGCAAGUUGUUCUUUCAGAUAAUGAGCUGAGGUUGCUUUCGUUUAGCACUGGGAGACGUGGCUGCCCAGCAGUGGUUUUGGGCUCAACAAUUACGACGAUGUUGUUAGCAAGAAUGCUUCAAGCGUUCACCUGGGAGGCGCCACCUAACGAGUCGGGGAUUAAGCUUGUUGAAAAUCAAGACGACCUCAGCUUGGCUAACCCACUUUUAGUGGUUGCUAUUCCCCGGCUACAUCAGUCUCUCUACCCAAAAAAUUGA